CUUUUUACAAGAUAUUAAAAUAAAAGCGGCAUAGUUUACGUUAAAAUUCCAAUGUUGUUCAAAGUCUAAUCAUGCAUUAAGUCAUGGUAACGAAUAACGUAAUUCGCCCUUGACUGUGUAAACCGUUUCAUAUUAGUUCUCAGUUGAACAGUUGCAUUUAUAUACUCUUUGUGAACAUUUCUCAGGUUCUCAGUUUCCCACCGCAUAUAAAGAUUUGCGUCAAUUUUUUAGUGAAUCAUCUUUUAUGAAGCUGAAGUGCUUAGGUAAUAGGUUGAACAAAAUCAUCAUAAUAGUACAAAUAGUAUAUAGUCGAUACAACUCUGAAUAACGACGAAAUGAAAUUAAUAAAAAAACAACAAUAAUGGCAAAAAAGUUUCUUUUUUCUACAAUAUUAAACUCUAAUAGGUCGAGCAUAAAACCAAUAUUGAAGUGCACACAAUUGAAAAAAAUUCACACUGAGGCUUCAGUGAAGGAAAUACAAAUUCCUGUAAAAUGGGGACAUGUAGCAGCUAAAUUGUGGGGUGAUGAGAAUGAGCAACCAAUACUUGCCUUACACGGAUGGCAAGACAAUGCUGGCACCUGGGACCCUCUAGCACCAAUUCUUAGCAAAAAACGUCCAAUAUUAGCAAUUGACUUUCCCGGCCAUGGACUAUCUUCAUGGAUUCCGCGUGGCAUGCAGUACUACCCCUGGGACCUACCUCGUUUAAUCCUUUAUAUAAAGGAUUAUUUCAAGUGGGAAAAAUUAUCCUUACUAUGUCACUCUAUGGGUUCAAUAGCAGGAAUGCGUUUUGCGAGUGUGUUUCCGGAUGACGUCGACUUUUACAUAGCAGUCGAUAAUUUAAUUUAUGAUGAUUACGACUUGAAUCAAGUGGUAGAAAAUUUUCCCAAGAUAUUGCGAAAAAUUCAAGUAAUACAAUCAUUACCAGGGGAACCUCCGUCUUAUACAGCUGAAGAAAUUGUUAAAAUUUGGCAUUUAGGUACGUCCAAAUCAGUGUCGAUGGAAAGCGUCCAACACCUCAUGAAACGUGGAACAAAAGCGUCGAGUCGCGAUCCCAAAACAUACUAUUUUUCAAGAGACCCUAGACUAAAGCAUAUAUUAUUCAGUGUUGAAGAUAAAAAAUUUGUAGAGGCUCUAAUUAAAAGAUUAAAGUGUCCAACUCUUUACCUAAAAGGAAUAGAUUCACCAUAUGCCUGCGACGAACACUCCGUAGAAAUGAGAGACAUCAUUGCUAAGAACAAUCCUGAUUUUGAGUGCCAUUUUCUUAAUGGUACGCAUCACGUGCACUUAAAUAAUGCUGAACUCGUUGCACCACUUAUCUUAAAUUUUCUACAGAAACAUAAGUUUUUAAAGUAAUUUAAUUUUAUACAUUUUUCAGUUUAAAUAUUAAACUGAAAUGCAACAUAUAUUGUGAUACUAAUGUAUGUAAGGGUCUAUAUUUAUUUUUACAAUUUACCUAAAUGUUUCAACGACAAACAAUGUGACGAACAUAAUGAAUUUGGGCUUGUAACUAAUUAUAGAUACAUAUAAUUAUGUGAAUGUUCGCAGUUUAGAGAAUGAAUAAAAUCCACGAAUUUAAAAGGGACUUUUUCUUUGACGACACAGUAGCAUGCGCCGGGGUAAUAUAAUCCAACUUAUUACUAAGUUGGAUUGAACCUUAACUAUUUAUAACUGUUAACUGACUAAUAUAGUAAUAUGAAUGUUGUUAUUAAUUAUAUUAUGUGCCUGUUAGAAUUUUUUAAAUAAAGUACUCUUACAAGUA